CAAGUAAGACAUCACAAAAACAAGAAAUUUCAAGACGCGGAAAACGUAGAGAGAAGAAACACAUUCCUCAAAAGCGCCAAACUCAAACCAAAGAAGAACAACACAAGAAUAUGGUGUCUCAAAAGCUGGAGAUUUGCAUCGAAUUAGUGAAGUUUGCCGUCGGUUUUGUAGCCACCGUAGCUGAAUCAGUAGAAAAGGCUUUCCGUAAGCCUUUGCCGGCGCUUCCGUCAGUUCAUGAUGGUAGCCGGAAUAGUUACUCAGCCGUUCUCAUUCCUCUUGUUGGAUUCAUGUGAUGAGCUUUUUCGUUUGUUUGUUUUUUCUUCUUUUUGUGUUUUAGCCUCGUUAUAGUAGGAGUUCUCGUGCCAUGUGGCGUUUUUGGAAGUUGUUGAUUUGUGUAUAAGCAUAAUAAUCAAAGUAAUCAUGAAGAGUUGCAGGUGAAUUAAA